AUGGCUGCACUCACCCCGCUGCCCCCCAGCCUGCGCAGGGGCUUGGUGGCCUUCAGUGGCUCCCUCUUCAUCAACAACAAGACGUGGGACAGCGGCACUGCCCACACCUACCAGCCAGCUCAAGAGGUGCUGUCUAGCCUGCCCCUCCAGGUGAUGCUCUACUUCAACGUCUACUACUUCCCGGUCUGGUUCCUGGCUGAGGGGAUUAUGCUGUACCUGAAGUACCACCUGCUGCCUUGGCACUACCAGUUCCUGCUGUUUACAGCCUUCCUCAUCCUCUCACUCGCUGAGGGCUCCCGCCUCUACCUGGGCUACCUGGGGAACCUCCAGGAGAAGGUGCCCGAGCUGGCUGGGUUCCUGCUCCUCUCCUUCCUGAUCCAGCUGCCCCUCCUGCUCUUCCUGCUGACGGACAGCCAGGUCAUCCACCUGCCACUGGAGGUGCCCAUGCACAGCUUGUUCCUAGCCUUCCUCCUCCUCGAGAUCGUGGCUGCCUUCCUGGCACUGAGGACCAUGACCAAGCAGCUGGCAGCACAGUUCUACCUGCGGCAGCUCCAGGAGGGUGGGAGGAGCCGGCUGGAGCUGGGGGGCACAGGGUGA